AUGUUCAGAGCUACUUUUAAGCCGCUGGUCUUAUAUAGAACUUCAACUCGUUGUCAAUCUACAGUUAAGCAGUUAACUUCCUUUAAAGACUUUGAAACUGCAAUUUCUAACAAGAAAUUAUCCUUGAUUGACUUCUAUGCCACAUGGUGCGGGCCUUGUAAAGCAAUCUCCCCCCAUAUUGCUAACCUAAGCCAAGAAUUUAAAGAUAUAAACUUUUACAAAGUCGAUGUUGAUGAGAAUCCAGAUAUUGCACGCCAUUGUAGGAUUACUGCGAUGCCAACAUUCGUUUUUUUUCAAAGUGGUGAUAAUUUAGGAAAAGUUGUUGGCGCUGAUCCUAAAGGCAUCAAAGAAGGGUUAAUAAGAUUUGCCAAGUCAAACUAA